CGAGCACAGUUUCAGUUUUGGCAGCAGUAUCCAGUGCCCUGCUGGCAGCUUCCUGAGAGACAGGGGUUACGGACUGGCCGGCAGGCUGUGCCCCUGAAACUGGAUCAACAGGACAGGAGGAAGUGGCUAAUGGAAGUGAUAAAGCUCAAAUGAAAUAGUCCCAGUGACGUGCUUGGUUAAGAAACAGAGGCUCUGCAGAUAACAGGAAGGAGCAGAAGGGCAUCUCCGAAGACGUCAGCCUGGGUGGCAUAGCCCCCUCUGAAGCCACCAACAAUGACAUUCUUCUUGCUUGCCUGCCUGCUGGCUGCCUUUCCAGUGGUUUCCAUGAAGAGUCCCAUAUUUGGCCCCCAGGAGGUGAGCAGUGUGGAAGGUAACUCAGUGGCCAUCACGUGCUACUACCCACCCACCUCUGUCAACCGGCACACUCGGAAGUACUGGUGCCGGCAGGGAGCCAGCGGCCGCUGCACUACCCUCAUCUCCUCUGAGGGCUACGUCUCCAACGACUACGCAGACAGAGCCAGCCUCACUAACUUCCCGGAGAAUGGCACGUUUGUGGUGAAUGUUGCUAACCUAACCCAGAAUGACUCUGGGCGCUACAAGUGUGGCCUGGGCAUCAGUAGCCGAGGCCUGUCCUUUGACGUCAGCCUGGAGGUCAGCCAUGGUCCUAACCCCCUAAGUAACACUCAAGUCUACACAGUAGACAUGGGCAGAACAGUGACCAUCAACUGCCCUUUCAAGCGGGAGAAUGCUCAGAAGAUAAAGUCCUUGUGCAAGAAGACAGGCUCAUCCUGUCUACUACUCAUUGACUCCAAUAAGUACACGCACCCCAAUUACCUUGGCAGAAUCAGCCUUAUUAUUCAGGGUACCAGCCAAUCCACGUUCAGCGUCAUCCUCAAAGAAGUCAGACUCAGAGAUGCUGGGAUGUACAUCUGCCAGACUGGGAAUGAUCCCAGUGGGGAUAAGAAGAAUGUCGAUCUCCAAGUGCUAAAGCCAGAACCUGAGCUGGUUUAUGGAGACCUGAGAGGCUCUGUGUCCUUUGACUGUGCCCCGGGCCCUGAGGUGAAAGAUGUGGCCAAAUUUUUGUGCCGGGUGACGAAGGAGGAAAAGUGUGCUAUGGUCAUCAACACCCUGGGCGAGAGAGAUUCAGCCUUUGAGGGCAGGAUCCUACUCACCCAGAAGGGUAAGAACGGUGAGUUCAGUGUGCUGAUCACAGGCCUGAGGAAGGAAGAUGCGGGCCACUACCUGUGCGGAGCCCACUCCGACGGACUGAUGCAAGAAGGCAACCCCGCCCAGGCUUGGCAACUCUUCGUUAAUGAGGAGACCAGGAUGCCCCACAGCCCUUCUGUGGUGAAGGGUGUAGCCGGAAGCUCAGUGUCCGUGCUCUGCCCCUACAACCCAACAGAGGACAGCACGUCCAAGUACUGGUGCCGCUGGAAGGGGGAGGGCAGCGGCCGCUGCCCCCUGCUGGUGGAGAGCCAGGGGCUGGUGCAGGAGCAGUAUGAGGGCAGGCUGGCGCUGCUGGAUGAGCCGGGCAAUGGCACUUACACCGUCAUACUCAACCAGCUCACCCCUCAGGAUGCCGGCUUCUACUGGUGUCUGACCAAUGGUGACACUCGCUGGAGGACCACAGUGGAGCUCAAGGUUAUUGAAGGAAAACCGAACCUCAAGGUGCCAGAGACUGUCACUGCUGUGCUGGGAAAGCCCCUCAAGCUGCCCUGCCACUUCCCAUGCAAAUUCUACUCCCAUGAGAAAUACUGGUGCAAGUGGAGCAACAAGGGCUGCCAGGUCCUGCCCAGCCAAGACGAAGGACCCAGUGACGCCUUUGUGAACUGUGACCAGAACAGCCAGAUCGUUUCCCUGAACCUGAACUCAGUCACCAAGAAGGAUGAGGGCUGGUACUGGUGUGGGGUGAAGCAGGGCCACAGCUAUGGAGAGACUGCCGCUGUGUAUGUGGCAGUCGAGGAGAAAGUACAGGGGUCCUCCGAUGUCAGCCGGGCAAACACAAAUGCUGCUCCUGGUGAGCUGGGAGAGCCCAGGGCCAGGGAGGUUGAGAACAAAGCUGUCCAGGAUCCCAGGCUGUUUGCAGAGGAAAAGGCGGUGAAGGAAGCAGGAGUCGCGGCCGGUGGGAGUGGAGCACCAGCAGAUGCCAGCAGUUCUAAGGGGCAAAGCGGGACUUCCAAAGUGGUGCUCUACACCCUGGUGCCCUUGGGCCUGGUGCUGGCGCUGGGAGCUGUAGCCGUGGGGGUAGCCAGAGCCCGGCACAGGAAGAACGUGGACCGGGUUUCAGUUGCAAGCUACAGGACAGACAUAGGCAUGUCAGACUUUGAGAAUUCCAGGGAAUUUGGAGCCAAUGACAACAUGGGAGCCUCCCCAGUCACUCAGGAGACAUCUCUUGAAGGAAAAGAUGAGUUCAACACCACCACGGAGAGCACCACAGAGACCAAAGAACCUAAGAAGGCAAAAAGGUCAUCCAAGGAAGAAGCUGAGAUGGCCUACACAGCCUUCCUGCUGCAGGCCAGCAAUGUGGCUGCUGAGGCCCAGGACGGGCCCAAGGAAGCCUAAGCUGAGCCGCUGACUCUCCCUCCACCUGUGACAAUCACUUUCAGAAUCAGGAUGAUCCUUGGGGCCCUUACCCCAGGGGCCUCCACUGCCUGCACUUAUACCCUCCCCUAAACUUUUCCUACUUGGCCUCAUAGGUGUGCUAGUCCCUUCUUAGUGGCAUCAAAGCCUGGCCUAAUUAUUCCUGUUUGGGGGAGGCGACAUCAGGAGUUUCCACUUACAGUUUAUUUCUAGUGCAAGAACCAAAGGCGCAGAGAAUUAAAGUCCUCAAGGGAGGCCUUUUGGAAGGAAGAGGUUUCCCACAGAGGAGCUGGUGUCAGAAAGGAGAGACAUUUAGAGCCUGUCUGCACCCUUAUUAUGGGAUGUCAAUGGGAUGUUCCCCUCCACUCCAUCUCUCCCUCCCUUCCUUCCACUCUUCUUCUUUCUUUCAUUCAAAAGAGCUGUUUGAAUACUUAUUAGAACCCAGGUGCCCUGCUAGCUGCUGAGAUGGAUACACCCAGCUCUCAGCAUUUCUGUAAAUGUCACUGAAAGAAGACAUGGCUCCUCUCUGGGUAUAUGUAUUUGCGCUCACUGAGGCCUGAAAUCCUCAAUAUGUUUGCUCACUUCUGCCCUUAUUACUCUCAACAAGGAGCAACCUAGAGUCCUAGGACAUUAGGGGUCGGGCAUGAUGGGCACGUAUACAAGUAGUUAUAAACACACAUUCUUACCAUUUCACAGGCAAGAAAAUUGAGGUCCUAGGAGGCAAAACAUUUUUCUCAAGGGCACCCAGUAAGAUAAGCUAGUUAUAGCAUCUCCUAUCCUCUUGACCAGAGUCUUUCUACGAGAACCCAUGCUCCCUUGGUGGCAGAAUCUUGAAAGAAGAAGGAGGAGGGAGAAGAGGAAAUGAAAACAGAGACUGAUCUUUCCUAGGCCUCCACUUCAAGGAAGAUAACCCGCCCCUUCCUGUUAUUACCUAAGAUUAAAGAAUAGCCAAACCUUCAUAACCUCUCAUACUUGAGUUCCCUGCAGAUGGGAAGGAAAGAAGGUGUGGGAUGGUGCCAAGUAGGGGCUGCUCUUCAAAGAGCUGAAGUUCAAAGUCUUUUUUCCCUCUGAGUUCUGUCUUUCAACCAGCACCCACAAGCUGACACUUGCUAACAAAUCAGAAAUGUGACUUAAUGAAUAAUUAAAGACCAUGAUUGACAUCAA